AUGCCUAACACCCUCAUCGACGAACGAGUCUCUUCGGCGCAAUGCAAGAAGGCCGUCGAGGCUCUUCUCGCGCAUGCGACAAAACACGAAGAAAAGCAGGCCGAAACCCAGCUUCUGGGCAGCAAGGAGCAAACCGUAUGGCUUGUCGUGAACACGAAAGUCAUGCACCCGGAGAAGAAGAUAAAGCCAGCACGGAUACCGGUGAAGUUCCCUAUCGUCGAUCCCCGCACCACCCCGAUCUGCCUCAUCGUGAAGGACCCACAACGGGAGUACAAAGACCUCAUUGCCGAGAAGGGCAUCAAGUUCAUCUCACGUGUUGUCGACAUCCGGCACCUGAAGGGCAAGUGGAAGCCGUUUGAAGCACGCCGACUGCUGCUCAAGGAGAACGGGCUAUUCCUCGCGGACGAACGCGUCGUGCCCUUGCUGCCUGCGCUGCUCGGUUCAAUCUUCUUCAAGGCGAAGAAACAACCCAUCCCUGUCAAUAUCACGCGCAAGGACCUCAAGGGCGAACUCGAGCGCGCGAUUUCCUCCACCUACUUCCAUCAGAACCAGGGAACUUGCACGUCCAUCAAGAUCGGCACCGUCUCCCAAAAGCCGGCACACGUCCUCGCUAACCUUCUCACCGCGCUUCCCGAGGUCGUCAAGCACAUCAAGGGUGGCUGGGACAACGUCCAGAGCCUCAUGGUCAAGACGAACUUCUCGGCAGCGCUCCCGGUUUGGCAAUGCGACCUCGGCACCGGCGCGGGCGGACGCUGGGAGGGUCUCAUGGAUGUAGUCAGCGAGGAUGAGGAUGCGAAGAUGGACAACGACGAGGGCGAGGCGGACGAGAUGGAGGUCGAGGUCGAGGAACCCCCGCCGCCCGCGAAGGGCAAGGGCAAGAAGCGCGUGGCCGAGGUCGAGGAGGAGAAGGAGCAGCCGAAGAAAAAGGCCAAGGCUACGACGGCAGGCGAAGACGUACCAGUGCCGAAAUCGAAGAAGGCCAAGUCGAAGGCCGCGGACGCGACGCCCGCUCCCACCGCUUCCACCUCUGACCCACCUCCCGCGAAGACGAAAGAAAAGAGCAAGCCUGAGGCCACCAAGCCCCCUGCACCAAAUGCUCCCCCACCGGUGUCAGAGCCCGCCAAGAAGAAGCGCCGCAAGUCUGGAGAGGUGCCGAAGUCGAAACGGGAGCGGAAACCGAAGGGGAAGAAGGUGAAGCCGGGUGAGGGCGCAGGCGAGGGCGAGGGCGAGGGCACAGAUGCGCCUGCUGCGGAACCCGCGGCGACGGCUGAUACAGAGAAGGCGGUGGAGAAGAAGCGCAGGCGUAAGUCGAGGGGCGGGGCGGAUGCGGAUGCUCCAGCGGCGACGGUGUCUACGGACGAAAUCAAGCAGAAGAUGGCUGCGUCAGGCGUAGAGAAGAAGAAAGGGAAAGUACUGGCGGCGAAGGCAGGCGCGUCGAAAAGUGCCAAGGAGGAGGUGCUGGGAAAGAAGUCGAAAAGGCUCUGA